AGUUUGAGUGAGGGCAAAAAAGCACAGUGGGGGGAUGUUAUUUUGCGUCAACAACCGACAGUUGUACUAUUGUCCAUUGUUAUCGUUCAUUUUAGUAGCUGAUUAACUGAGAAACGCGAAGACGAUAGGUAUGUGAAAGGACUCCAAGAGCAGCCAGCAGUAAACUCCACCCACUGUCUACAGUCACACAGUGUACUAUGUAUCCAAGUACCUACAACUUUAAGGAAUGGGAAAUUCUCAUCUUUUAUUUUCUUCAGGAAAUCACAUGGAGGAGCUGUCGCGCUCACAUGACAGCCUGAACUAUGGAAGGAGAGAUCAAUGAGGGAACAGUUCCUCCGUACUACAGGGAAGUGUAUCAGGCUAUUAGCAGCAGGGCAGAUGAGCGGGUGCAGAUUGAUGUUUUCCACAGACUGCUCAACAGAACUGAACUCCCCAUCGCUGUACAAAAUCAGAUAAUUGAACAUGUAGACACUGGUGAAGGUUUCCUGAGUAAGUUGUCUCUUUAUAAAGGAUUAGCUUUGAUUGCACUUGCCCAGCAAGGGAAGCAGCCGAGUCCUAAACUCCUGGAGAAUUGCAUUCAAGAAUUCCCCAAACCUCAGCUGGGCGAACCGAAGGAGUUGCGUACUCUGAGGAUGCAGUCGGUUCAAGAGAACCCCUUGAUCCUGUCUCUGUCCUUAGCUAAGCUGUUAGGGAAGGACACAGUCAGGGUUGACCUUAUCCCUGAAAAGAAAGGGCUGUUCCUAAAACAUGUGGAGUACCAGGUCACCAGUGAGCGUUUCAAAAUAUCAGUCUAUCGGCGGUACAGCGACUUUGAUGUCUUCCACGAGCUUUUGCUUCAGAGGUUUGCCUACAGAACGGUGCCUGCCUUACCACCCAAGAGAGUUCUAAAAGGAGUUCUGACCUCUGUAUCAGAGCGAGAGUUCAUCGAGGGGCGUCGGCGUGGGCUGGAAAGAUUUAUCAACCUGGUAGCGCGUCAUCCUUUCUUCUCCGAGGAUGAGCUUGUGAAGACCUUCAUGACAUUCAACGGCUCGGAUGUUCAGACGAAACUACGUGACGCAUUCAAGAAAACGGGCGAUGAGUUUAUGACAUACAAAUACGCAACUCAGGCGAAGGAAUACCUCCCUGGAGACAUCCAAACGCAGUUUGCCUCGAGCAGGGAGCUGAUCAAGAACAUACACAACAGCUUCCAGAAAUUACGAGACAGGGCUGAAAAAAUGGCUGAGCGGUCCAAGGAAAACGCUACAGAUCUCUUACUGUUUGGAAAAGAACUCAGUACGUUGGGCUCUGAUACCACACCACUGCCUUCUCUGGCCUCUUCCACAAACUCAUGGGGAACACUGAAACAGUCUCUCAAAGGCCUGUCUGUGGAAUUUGCCUUGUUGGCUGACAAAGCUGCUCAACAGGGGAGGCGAGAGGAGGACGAUGUUGUGGAGAGGCUGUAUCUUUUCCUGGAUAUACUGCAGUCAUACAAAGACCUGUGCGAGCGUCAUGAGAAGGGCAUCCUACACGAGCAUCAACGAGCGCUGCAGAAAUACAGUGUGAUGAAGAGGCAGAUGAUGAACGCGACAGUUCAGCCUAAAGAACAGGUGUCUGUGGAACAGCUGGAGUCUCGCAUAGUGCAGCAAGAGAACGCCAUCCAGACCAUGGAGCUGCGGAACUACUUCUCCCUGUACUGCCUCCAUCAGGAGAGCCAGCUUAUCUUUGCCUAUCUCCCCAUCACCUCUCACAUCCUGGGAGCUUUUGUCAACUCUCAGGUGCAGGGACACAAAGAGAUGGGCGAGGUGUGGGAUGACCUUCGACCCAAGCUCGGCUGUCUUUUCGGAAGCAGUAACGGGAUCCAGUCUCCCCCACUCAGUCCACGGUAGAGAGAUUUGAGUAUUGACGGUCAUCAUCUUGUCACGCCCUCUCUGUAAGAUGGGCUACGAUUACAAAGUGUUCUAUGCUAUGCUGGCAGCAUUUCCACCUUGCAUAUUCUCUUCGGGAAUUCCUUGAAGUUUCCUUUUCACUUAGGUGGGAAAACACUACCUUGAGUAUUCAUAAGGAAUUGAAAGUCGUUCUUAACUCUACAUAUU